CAUCAUCAUCAUCAUCAUCCCACACCAGUGGAGCUCCACGGUGUGCGAUGUGGAUGCUCAGUCCUACACAGUAGCAGCUUCAGGAGGCGUGUUUUUCUCCCCCUGCCACAGGAGAACCAGGAGCAGCAAAGCCAGCGAGAUCCUUUCCACCGGGCGCUGACUGGACACACCGCCGAACGGAGCGCUUUUACCCCCGAGGUGGAGGGUUGCUGUUCCUCUGCUUCCCGCAACCCCACAGCGAUGCAAUCCACUGAUCGAUCAACCAGAGCGCGUUGAGGCUCUGAGUGAUGCAGUCUCUGUUUGGUGGAGGGGAGCUAGGGCUGCUGGGAGGAAGCAGCGACACUGGGGGGCUGAAAGAGGAUGGCUGCGGCAGCAUGGCGUGGAGGUCUUCGCCCCUUCCACCUGACGAUGUCUACUCAACCUCCCACCUUACUCUUAUCACUGCCUAUCAGGACAUCAAAACGAGGCUGGCCAGCCUGGAACGAGAGAACACCAGUAUCAAGAGGAAGCUGAAGAUUUAUGAGAUCAAGUUCCCCAUGAUCAGCGGAUUCGGUGAGGACACAAACUCCUACUGCUCCUUCGAGAGCAAGGAGACGGCGCUGCUGCAGUCGGAAAAUGGCAACCUGCAGCAGAGAAUCAACGUCCUGACCCACGAGCUCCAGAAGAGAAAAGACAGGGAGGAGCAGCUGGAGGAUGUGAUAAAGGCCUACGAGAAGAUCCACAUGGAGAAGAACAACCUCCAGAGGGAUCUCGACAAGAUGACCAGUCUGGUGGACAAGCAUGUCGAGCGAAUCCUGAGUCUGGAGUCAGUGCUGAGGCAGAGGGACAACUCUCUGCAGAAACUCAACAUGCAGCUGCACAGCAAAGACAUGCAAUAUCUGCAACUCCACGCCGGCCCGGACACACACAUGCUGGACUGUCCAGCCUUGACCCUCCAGAGCUCACGCAGCCUGGACACCCUGUCCGAUUUAAAGCUGCAGCGACUGGAGGCGGAGCUAGAAGGGGCGCGGAACGAGGCCCAAGGGGCGUGUCAGCGGGAGGAGGAGCUGAAGGCUGAGUGCGAAAGGCUGAAAGACGAGAUGAGACAGCUGCAGAACAGCCAGAGGGAGAGGGAAAUGACUUCUCCGUGCAAGCAGUGUGAUGUGGAGUGGAUAAAGAAGGUGGGAGAUGAGCAGGUGAAUUUGGCUCUGGCCUACACAGAGUUAACAGAGGAGUUGGGACGCCUCCAAGCACUGAGCUCCAAGCAGACGGAGAUCCUGAGGAAAGCAACACAGGAGCAGGCUAGCCCAGUGCAGCUUCAUUCUCCCAUUCACCACCAGCGGCACUCUCCAGUAUCGCAGCGGCACUCGCCCAUCUCGCAGCGCCAUUCUCCAGUCCCACCACCACCGCAUCACUCCCCGAUCCAGCAGCGUCGUUCUCCAGUGCUGCAGCGCCUCUCCCCUGACAUGCAUCGCCGUUCACCCCUACUGGACGUCAAUGAUGGUCCAGCCUCUUACUCCUACCGGCCGCCCAGCCAGCACCUGAGAGCCAGUUUCCAGGGUCGUCGCAGCUACUCCGAAGUUGCUGACCCCUCGGCUUACCAGUGCCCACCACGCUUCUCCCUGGACCCAGUGUCCACCCUGCCUAAACCACGGCCCUACGUUGAUGGCUACUCUAAGCAACAGCCCCAACAUGUAGGCUCCCCACAUGGUGGACUGCAGCUCAGAGGACCUCCGUCUCCCCAUCAAGGUGGUGGAGGAGAUGGGAGUCUCGGGGAGAGCUCCAUGCGCCACUCCAGAGAGAUGCCAUUUCCUCUGUCAGAGGUGGCGCACCUUCACUUUGAGCCCCCUCCUCCAUCCACUCCUGCUCCCCAGCCCCCACAGUCCUCUGAAGAUGAGGAGGAGUGGACCUGUUCACAUCCCAUCAGCCCACCGAGGACCCUGGGAGUGCUUUCUCCCACAGUUCCAAGCAGUGGCAUGAGGGGUCCGGCGUCCUGCUCCGCUUUUCCCAUCCCUCAGAGGCCUAAUAACCUCAGCUGUCACCCUCAACCUGGGUACAUUUCAACUGAUCAUGCUCAGUCCUGGCCUUCUAUCAAUCUCUGGAUGGAGACUGAGGAGAGUGACAUGCGGAGCUGCCCUCUCUGCCAGCUGAUUUUCCCCGUCGGUUACCCUGACGAUGCCCUCAUCAAGCACAUUGACUCCCACCUGGAGAACAGCAAGAUAUGAUUGCCAUGGCAACAACCCUCUCACAUCUGUUCUCUUAUAGUUUAUAUAAGAGAUUGGCAGAUCUAGAAAAAAGGAAAGUCUGAAUUAGACAGUGAACCAGUUAUCUUUCAUAAUCUAUAAGUAGGGAUGCAAAAUGGCGCAGGUCCGUCUUGGAUUUGUAGGUCCACAUGCAGAGUCCUUUACUGAUUGCCCUUAAGAUAGACUGCCUGUAUAAUCACUGGAUCUGAUUGCUGCUGUUUUUUUAUAAGUCGUGUGUGGUGUCAAGAAAGUUUCAGAUAUCUAUUUUCUUUGCUUCACAGUGUAGUACACUUUACUUUAUCAAAGUGAGCCAAUCAUGAGGCAUGCGAGGCACACUGGCAGGAUCAGGGGCUCGGAAUGCCAUUUUAGUUUUCAUUGUCAAUUGGUCAGGGAGAUCUGAUGCCACUAUUUCCACUAGCUUUAAACUCUGUUUUGAAAUUUUCUAUCUGACAUCUAUACUGCAGUCUGUUUUGUCAAGGAUCCAGUGCGAUGAGAGUUAACAUUAAAACUCUGUUAGAAGUUGUUUUUUUGUAAUGACCCAACAGUCAUACAGAGACAGGUGAGAAGGAAAUUUGAACAAGGGUACCGUAAAAUAAGCCUGACUGUCGAUCAGGGUUUUAUAUGAAUUUAUUUGAACUUUUCUGAAACAAGGAAACCUGUUUUCAGGGCACUUAAGAUAGUAUAAAACAUUCCACUGUCACAUUUGAUCUGACAAAGAAAAUGGACAAACUGGAGAUUAUGAACUUCGCCAUGUUUGGUUUGCAACCUGCAGGACCAAACGUUGUUUAAAUGAUGCCCUGCAGGGUAGGGCUGUGAUGAGGAUACGUCUUCUUUUUAAGCAGAGGGAAAGUUUUAGUCAGAAUUUACCUUUAUGCUUGCGGCCUGUUCAGAAAGUAUCUUAGCACUUUAAGUUAGCAUAGCCUACAAUACAAUGUAAAUGUGUUCAGUCUCCAUAUACACCGAUCAGCCACAAUGUAAAAACAACUGACAGGUAAAGUGUAUAGCAUUGAUAAUUUCAAUAUUAGGGCACCUGUCAACUCCAGGGGAUUUAUUAGCAAGACAGUAGGUCAUUCUUGAAAUUUAUUUUUUGGAAGCAAAAAAUAUUGUCAGCUUAAGGAUGUAAGCAAGUUUGACAAGGACCAUCUAAUAAAGACUGGAUAAAAACAACUGCAAAACUACUGCUCCACUUGGAAAUUCAGUGGGAAUUAUGUACCAAAAGUGGUUCAUAGAAGGACAACCAGUGAGCCAGCAACAGGAACAUGAGUGCAAAUGAAUGUGGAAAGUGAAGGCUGGUUUGUCCAUUGUACACAGGAUCUUGCUGAAAACCAUGGAUGCUGGCUUUUUUUCUUUAAAAAAAAACAAACAAAAAAAAAGAAAGAAAGAAAAGAUGUCAGAACACACAAAAAAUCACAACCUCUGAGUAUUGGCAUGUGUGAAUAAACCAGAGAUUCCAUGUUGGCCUCUAUCUGCGAAAAUGCAUAAAGCAGCUCUAUUUGUGUCAGAACAAGUAAGCAACAGAGAUGACCGGGUAAGCAUCGUAUGAGUACUUGGGAUGGACAUUUCAGCAGGAUUUACCACAAGAAGAAAGUGGAGGACCUGUGAUGCUAUGGGAAACAUUCACUUUCUUUCUGGCAUUCACGUUGAUUCACAUGCACCCCUGCACAAUCAUUGUUGCAGAGCAUGUACUUCCCUUGACAGCAACAGUGUCGGCCUCUUUCCACAACAUGCCCUAACACAAUGCUAAUGUUCUUCAAGAACUAAUUGAUGAGCAUGAUGAGUUCAAGGUGUUGACUUGGCCUUUGAAUUUGCUAGGUCUCAGCCAAAUGAGUGGAAUGCCUGAAAAAUAACUCUGAUCCACAGAGGCCCUACAACUUCCAGGACUCAAGAGCAAGGGGCACCUACACAAUAUUAGGUAGGUGCACUAAAUGCUGUGGCUGAUUGGUGUAUAUUUCCCAUGUUAUGAUUUAUUAUUUAUGUGGUCUACCUGUAAGGCAAAAAAUGUAUAUGAAGAUAUAUUUUUGCAAAUGUUUAUGCACCACAUGUCUCAUGUUGGUCACAAGUUUCUCCCAUGUGCUUGCACACUGCUAAAGCUAAAUGAGUAAAGACCCAAAUGCCACAGAAUUGGGAUACUUUUCUGUACAAAGACUUCAGAUUUACAUCUAGGAUUCCCCUCGGUCUUCCUCAAAGUCCGACUUUCAUCACAGUUUGAUGUCACAUCUGCCCAGACCAUGCCCCCCCCCCAAACAAAAAGAUAAAAAAAAAAAAAAAAAAAUUCAAAAUUCCACACACAACUGGCUGCAUGAGCUCCACACAUCUAACCUGCUUUAAGAGAAGAAUGGUCAGGUUUUGGAUGUAUUGUAUUUAUAUUUUUGAGAUCUGAUACUGAAAGAUCAUCUCCAGCCAGCAAGGUUAUCUUUGCAGGGUUUAAACAAAGACUAUACUCUUUUUUUGAUACCUGGAUUUAAUUUUUAUCAAAAAUUUAAUGUAAUGAAAACUCUGCUUGUGGGAUUUGAACUUUUUAAUGAAAAAAAAAAAAAAAAAUUAAAUAAUGUUACACUGAUGUCAGUUAAUCUGAAGUUUUGAGUUCCAUGUGCAGUUUCUAAUGUGCAGUUUCCCCACACAGCCACCCAUUCAUUUAAACUGGUAUGACAUUUAUAAGGAGAUGAAAUUGCAGUGAAUGUGGUCAUGCAGGGCAGUGAUUGUGGCAGCAGAAUAAUGACUGACCUGUAGGUUUGGGCAGGUGACUGAAUCACGACAACCUCUGGAAGCUUUGAUAUACAGGGAUUUUUAGAUAAAGAUCAUAUCAGAUUAAAGGACAACUCUGGUUUAUUAACACUUCAUUUUAGUUCUAUGACUGAGUCUUAGGGCC